GUGGGUCACGUGACGCACCGCGCCGCGCCCCCAGCGCCAACGACGUUGUUGGGAGGGAAGUUGGCCCCGCGGCAGCUGGGCUCGGCUGCUGUACGGCGGUGGCGGGUCAGUUUGGAGCCGGUGGAGGCCGCCGCGGGGCUCCAGGAAGAUGUUACCGAGUACUUCAGUGAAUUCCCCAGUGCAGGGGAACGGGGUAUUGAGUUCCAGGGAUGCGGCCAGACACACAGCUGGAGCAAAACGCUACAAAUACCUGAGGAGGCUUUUUCGUUUCCGGCAGAUGGACUUUGAGUUUGCUGUCUGGCAGAUGCUCUACCUGUUCACUUCCCCACAGAGAGUUUAUAGAAACUUUCAUUACCGGAAGCAGACCAAGGAUCAGUGGGCCAGAGAUGACCCUGCUUUCUUGGUCCUGUUAAGUCUCUGGCUCUGUGUGUCCACUAUAGGAUUUGGCUUUGUGCUGGACAUGGGAUUUUUUGAGACAAUAAAGCUGCUCCUUUGGGUUGUAUUCAUAGACUGUGUAGGCGUCGGCCUUCUCAUAUCAACCUUAAUGUGGUUUGUCUCUAACAAGUAUUUGGUGAAGCGGCAGAGCAGAGACUAUGACGUGGAGUGGGGCUACGCCUUCGACGUGCACCUGAACGCUUUCUACCCUCUCCUCGUCAUUCUGCAUUUUAUCCAGCUUUUCUUCAUCAACCAUGUCAUCCUAACAGACACAUUUAUUGGAUAUUUAGUUGGAAAUACCUUAUGGUUGGUUGCAGUUGGCUACUACAUCUACGUAACUUUCCUAGGAUACAGUGUGUUUCCCAGCCUUUUUCACUGCAUAACACUGCACAGAAAACGAGGCUGUCUGGAAGCUGUUUGUUCAGCCUGCUGGGUAACCAGGUGACGCUCCUCCAGGCUAAAGGCAACCAGCUAGAACCUCCAGCUGCCAGAGGCCUCAGCCACUGGCUACUCUGAAAGCUCAGGAGAUUCAAGCUCUGCACACCUGUAACCACCUGCAACCCACCUGAGGACACCAGGCUGGUUGGGAACUGAUGUUGAUAAUUCAUAAUCUUGUAAAAGUAAAAGACUUGUAAAGAUCACCGAUUGCUAAGGCUGAUAAUAUUUUUGUUUAUAGUAGUGAUAUCAUUUGGAACUGCAUGUUUAAGAGCAAUAAAUACUCUUCAGAUGUGAAUUUACUUACAAGUUCAUAAUGCGAUAGAAUAAAAUUAUUUUGGAAAAACACAAAUGUUACAAUACCUUUCACCAAAACAACAUUACAAUUUUGUUUUUCUUUAAAAUUAAACCAAUUAUGACUCAUACAAUAGCAUUACCUAGAAAACAUUUUGUCAGAACUCACGGAGUGCAGAUAUAAAAGCAUCAAGGAAAGAGAAAAUGCCUCUAAUUCAUGGAUUAAAGACAAAGAUUAAAAGAGAAGAGUCUGUCAUUUUACAUAUCAAAGGAAAUGUAAUGACUUCAGUCUAUGAUAAUUUGGGUUGAAAUGCAUCACCCCUGCACAUUAAAAUGUAUCAGACUGAUUUUUUGUGGCUACACACCAUACACAGUAUAGUAAAAUAACCCUCAAGAAGGACAUUGGUCUUUAAAAUCUUGGCUUUAAGGAAUGACAAACGCCUUUGAAAAUAUUUUCUUCAGAAUCACUGUGAUUAUAAAAGUACUUCAGUUAGGAAAUCAAUCUAGAAUCAUUCUUAAAUGGCAGUGCAUUUGAAAAAUGGCAUUAACUUGUAAUGUUUGCAUUUCCAAAGAAAAAUAUAGAAAGAACUUAAAAAAGCACGGUAACUGGCUUUCAAAAAAAGUAUUGAUUCAAA